CCACUCCCCUCGCCCUUUCUUCCUACGUCCGGCCGGGCACCGGUUCGGCAGCUGAGGGAGGGUUGCCCCACUCGUAGGCAGACCACUACCGCUGCUUCGUCUACACUCCGGCCGACUUCAGCCAUGUCUAAGCCUCCACCUAAACCUGCCAAGCCAGGGCAGGUUAAAGUGUUCAGGGCCCUGUAUACAUUUGAGCCCAGAACGCCAGAUGAGCUGUACUUUGAAGAAGGAGAUAUUAUCUACAUCUCAGACAUGAGUGAUACAAACUGGUGGAAAGGAACUUGCAAAGGGAGAACUGGACUAAUUCCAAGCAACUAUGUGGCAGAACAAGCAGAGUCUAUUGAUAACCCACUGCAUGAAGCUGCCAAACGUGGCAACUUAAGCUGGUUGAGAGAGUGCUUGGAUAAUCGAGUUGGGGUCAAUGGCUUAGACAAAGCUGGAAACACAGCUCUGUACUGGGCAUGCCAUGGAGGCCACAAAGAUAUAGUGGAUGUUCUGUUUACCCAGGCAAACCUAGAGUUAAAUCAACAGAACAAAUUGGGAGACACAGCUUUGCAUGCUGCUGCAUGGAAAGGUUAUGCAGAUAUUGUAGAGAUGCUGCUGGCAAAGGGGGCAAGAACAGAUCUAAAGAACAAUGAGAAGAAACUGGCAUUAGACAUGGCAACCAAUGCAACUUGUGCUUCCCUUCUUAAGAAGAAACAAAGUGCAGGUACAGUCCGAACAUUAAGUAAUGCGGAAGAAUACCUUGAUGAUGAAGACUCCGAUUAGCUUUUCAGCCUAAAGAACUGUAUCCUGCGUUGCCUAUGUCAUUCCCAAAAUAUAUCUUUACAACUGUAAAAAUAUCUAACUUAGAGUAUUGCAGUCUUCCAGUAUAGCAUAUAAAAUGAGAGGAUGAAAUCAUGCUUUCCAAAGGAAUAAUCUUCAUGUGUGCAGAAAGAUGCCACAUUUUAAAUCAUAGUUCCUUUGGAAUUGUCUUACAGAGUAAGUGUGGCAUACCCUCAUUGUUGAAUGGGCAGACGACCAUCUUUCAUAAACUCACAGGUUUCAUCUCAGGCCUUUCCAGCAAAUGCCUUGCGUCCUUGAAGUACGCUCCUUAAACUGAAAGGUCACUUCGGGAUAGCAGGACACUGUUGCUAACAUUUCUCAAAAUCUCCCUGAAUGCAGAUAAGGUAAUUACUGACAGAGUCAGUACUGGUUGACAGGUGUGAAUACCUGGUUGACAUGGCAUUCAUGCCUGGCAUGAAUGACUGAUUGACAGGCAUCUCACUGCUAUAGAAAGUGACAUCUUUUGCCCAUAUGGAGCCAGGACAAGGUUUGAUUUUUUUUUUUUUUUUUGGCUUUUUGUUUGGUUGGUUGGUUUUGUUUUUGUUUUUGGUUUUUUGUUUGUUCGUUUGGGGGGUUUUUGUUUGUUUUAUUUUGGGGUUUUCUGUUUUGUUUUGGUAGAUCCACCCCAAUUUCUUCCUGUACCUCUCUCAGUAAGGGGUAGAAUGACAUGGAACAAUCUACCCCUGGAUGCUGUUGUUGUCUUCCCUAUUGCUAUGGGCCCAAUCCCUGAAAUGUAAACUCAGGUUACAUGCUGGCUUAAGUCAGGAUUGCUUGAAAAGUGCUCUUAGUUUUGGACUUAGUGGUGUGAUUACUUUGCUUUUAAAGUGCAUUUUGCCGAGACUAUUUGUAGUGAGAGGAAGACAGAAUAUUUUUCUAUUUAUCCUGCCUAAUUUUUUUUUUACUGAUCUCUUGCUUUUAUUUUUUAAGUGUUCUUAUAUAUUGCCCUAAAUUAUCUCAAAGCUUGUGUUUGAAGGAAUCAGGGAAGAUGUAUAUCAAAUAUACCACAGAUAUCUUUAGAAAAGAUACCUGAAAUUGAAUAAUCACUUAAAAAAUUUAUUGCUUCUUCCUGUGAAUUAAAGAGGACUAAAAAAUAAAUUGAGCCACUUUUAAGCUUCCCUGCAGAGUUAAAAAGUAAGCACUUCUUUCAGAUUGCUCAAAUAGCUGCAGCCAAAUAUUAUACCAUACUAAGGGAUGCUUCCUUGCUGUGAUAAGAAAAUGUUGCAAGUGUUUGAGAUGCAGUCUUAUUUUUAAUUUUUGUUGCUAACUUUCCUGUUAGCAGCUUUUACAGAUUCAGUCCAGCACAGCAGUCUGUGAUAUUAGAAAAAAAAAAAGGCAAAAAAAAAAAAAAGCUUUUAGAAUGGGGAUAAAUGAAAAGCUCUGGUACAAGACUGGGGAUAAGUGAAAAUCACACUAAGUGUUUUAGAAAUUAAAAGAAGACAAAAGCACUCUCAUUUUAAAAAAUAUAUUGAACCAGAUUUUUGUAUCUUUAUUAUCCUGCGAAAGACUAGGUACAGGUAAGGCUUGUUAAAUGAGCAUUUACCAAAGAAGGUAUUGUUCAGUUGACCAGAACUGUAUAAAAUGGUGUUGCACAGUCACCUGCAGAUAUAAUUCUGAAUUGUUUGAGUGUUAAAAGCAUAGAAAAAAAUGUUUUAGCCCUAUGAGAUACUGUGGUCGGUCAACAGUGAUGUUUUAUUUUAUGUGAACUUUGAAGGUCCUAGAGAGGAAGAAAUAAAAACCAAAGCCAUGAAGCUUUUGUCUCUAGCUUUCAUUAGAACAGUUGUUGUAUGUGACUCGUAAUACACAGAUACUGUCCUGCUUUACAUUUUAUCAGCCAGCUAUUUUUACUAGCUCAGAUUUUUACCACUGUCAAGCCGCAUGUUGUGCUUCAUGCUGUUAAGUUGAUGAAAUUUCACAGUGCAAGUGAAAAAGGAUCUGUAAUAAGAGGCUGGAGAAGCAAGAAGGUUUAUAUAUCUGUUAUGUAAGUUUUUUCUUGCAUAAAUGAAGGUUAAGAAUCUUCAGUGUGACAGGACAUGGAAAGAAUAGCUCUUCCCAAAUCACCAUUUUAUCUAUCAAGCUUUGAAGGCAGAGUUUGUAUUCAGAAAUAAUGUGAUGUCUUCUGCUGCUGUGGGUUUAACAUUCUACAAAUUAAUUGCAGCAUUUGAUUUAAAAAUGUAAUGUUACGCUCAUGUCUGUGAAAUUAGCUGCUGCUGGAAGACCCUGUGUUACUCUGCAGACUGAUCUAGGUGCUGCAAGAGAAGAAUGGUGACAGAUACACAAGUUGGGCCUGCGGAUUGCCUGUGAAGUCUUUACUGGAGUGUCCUAAAGAAGGCACAUUAACAUCGCAAGGCAGCUAGCUUGUGCCGUAAUUUCUUUUGAGACCAAAAUUACUCCUUUUGUUUGUCCUUCACAAUUCUGUUUUUCCUCAUUCAUCUGCUCAUCUUCUGAAAUACAAACCACUGUGAGGCUUCCAGGCAAUAAAUUUCUUUUUGCCUAA